AUGACCGAACGGCCCCCAACGUCCAGGGCCAGAACACCGGCUUCCAGACGUCCGAAGACGGCUUCCCAAGGUUUGAUCUGGUUUUGAGACUUUUUUGGUUUAGUGUAGAAGAGCUUUGAAGAUAAUCUGUUUUGGUGAUAAUUAACAAAUAAACCGAAAAUAUUAUAAUUGCUCUCCGCACUUGUUGACCAGUAAACAACAAAACGCUAUCAUAAAAAGAAAACUAAUACAGGCCGUCCCCCGACCUCAGCCGGCCGUCCUCCCUCUUCUGUGCCCCGCACCAUCGUGCCUAGGCCACCUUCAGCAGCUCGGCCACCUUCGUCUUUGGGCCGUCCGUCCAGCCGACGCUCCGUCCUGACAGAGGACACGCAAUCAGGUGAGUCUGCUUUUUAUGGCCACACAACACAAAUGUAAAAGUGUAAAGUAACGAGCUGUUUUUAGAUGUAAACACAACCAUGGUAGGUUUCUCAGCCAGGUAAACAAGAUUUUAGGCCAUCAGAUCAGCUAGUAGAUUGGGUUCAGCCAUGCCCGGUUCAAGGGCUGGACUGAGUGCUUUGGAAGGACGAAUUGCUACUGGACAGAUACCAGAAGGAACCCUUAGGCCUACAACACAACAAGGCUUUGUAGCACAGAGACCAGGAAGCAGAUUACGAAGUAAGUCAACAUUAUAUUACACUAUGAAACGUAAAAUAAAAAUUUAGAUUCAGGACGGCUUUUAAAAUAUUCAGUGUUAUUUUACACUAACUGUCAAUGAACUAACUUGACCUUUUAAUCAGCCUUUUACUUUAAAACUCUUGCAAACCGUAUGAUACGGUAUACCACAUGUUGUUCUAUCAAUAGCUUUGCAUUUCAUCGUCCCUUUCGAAAGGGAAUGCAAUAAAAACAAAUAGAGAUGAUUCGAAAAACGUGUUUUGAAGUUUUUACAGUUACAUUUAACCUUAUCAAUAAACUACACUUGUUUUUUUGCUUUCAGCCGGCGUGAGCGGAAGACAAAUCGCUGACAAAACAUAUUUCAUUGGACUUUUGAACACUCAGUUAACGGCAUUAGAGGAAGAAAUUAGCUCGCUGGAGAAUGAAUUACAGAAAGCUGAACGAGAGCAACGGAAUCUCUUGGUUUAUGAGCAAAAGUAAUAAGAAGCUUAGAGAUUUGCAGCCUGCGCGACCGAAAUUUCGUCGGACGCCGGUCGGAGGAAAAAUGUUUCAAUUUAUUGUUCGAAAAAGAUUUCCAAACAUUUUUCUUACGAAAUCUCAAAAGAUAUUAUACUUCCUGAAUGACUUUAUUUCAGAGCUGAAGAACAGGCGAACGAACUAAAACAAUUGCAAGGAGAGUUUGCCGAUUACAACUUGAUAAUCGACCGCCAAAACACUAAUGUCAAUGUCCAAGAACUCGAGGUCGACAUUGAAACACAAGAAAAAACGAAUGAGGAAUUAACAAACGUUGUUCAGGAUUUGUUUCAUGAAAGGCAACAGAAAGAGGACGCGUGUCAUGAACUUGAACAGGAGUUGGAGGCCAGCAAGAAGAGCAACAUGGAGUAUAUGGACGAAAUCGGUCAUUCUAAAAAGGAAGAGUACGAAACCUUGAAGGCCGAGAUGGAAGAGUAUCGGGACAAGCUAGAGAAAGCUCAAAACGAGAUCAAAGAACUGACCAAACAAAAGGAAAACUUGGAUUUAUCCUUGGCUAAAUCGCCUCUAAAACAACAUUCUAGUAAGGAUAAUAUAAGAUGUGUUUUUUGUUGAUUUUGAAAGAAUUCUUGACAAAUCUUUCUUAUCUGUUAAAAUUAAUUGACAGAACCCAAGAAUAGACAUAGAUCUGACGAUUAUCAUGUUGUUGAUUUCCAGUGAAUCUACAAGAGCAAAUAGCUAGCCUAAAGGAGAAGAAGGAGCAGCUAAAGAACGAAAUGAUGUCGGGACAAACACCUGAAGACCAGAAGAACGAGCUUAUAGAAGAGAUCAAGAAGAACAAUGAGGAAAUCUCAAGCAUGAGAGAACAGUGAGUGGUUCUUUAACAUCGUUCUUUGCUCACUGCUGGCUACCGUACGGCAGCAGAAAACAGCGUGACUUUCCAAAAUUUGGAGAAUAUUUAUUUUUAACCAAAAACAACAUAUCGGUUUUAAAAAACAAAGUGUAAUAGAAUGGCAAAAAUAAGUUUAAGCGUAUUUUAAUGCAUAACAUGUUUUUAAUAUUAAACAUAUGUUUAAUAUUAAAAAUAUGUUAACAUGAUAUUUGGUGUAAGUAUGUUUUGCAGAACCGAAGAGAUCGAAGCCAAGAUUCAGCUGACUCAGGAAGAGCUUCGGGAGUUUGAGAAUGAAGCCGAACAGAUGGCAGGGAAGCAUAGUGAACGCUACAGAGAUCUGAAGUUGAGGGAGCGCCAGUUAGAUGAGUUUCUAGGGUCUUUCGAACCUCACAAAGUGGAGCUGGCUACUUCUCUGACCAAAAGCCAAACCAGGAUAGUAUCAUUGUUAAAGUUGAUUUCUGUCAAUUGCCAGCGUGACGAAUUAGCGGCUACUGUAACGGGACUGGAUGAAUCCGCUAUCAUUGCCACAAUGGAUUCGCCUGCAAAUGCCAAAGAGUUACAGGAUUGUAAGUUUUACUAUUUAUUAUUUUGCUAACACUUUAUAUUACAGUACAUCUUCGGCUACAAGAAGAGAUGGUGGGAUUAGAGGAAUCAGAACAACAUUAUCAGACAGAACUGGAGAGUUUAAAGAAGCAGAAUGAGCUCAAUCAACAGACAGAGAAUGAAUGGCAGAACUUUGAAAACAACAAAAUUACGCUUGAAGGCGAACUCAAGGUAGGCUAAUAUGUUUGAUCUUCCAUUAAGUUACAAGAUACACUGAGAAAAGUUGGUAUUUACAUAAAACAAUUAUAGUCACUACAAAAUCAUCGAGACGAUGUCACUAAUAAGAGGAGUGGAUUGGACAAGGAGCUGGACAGGAUGACAGAACAAUUUAGACAGCUUGAGGUUAGGGCCAAGUCAAUGGCUUUGUAUGAUAAGGUAAACUAAAAAUGUUACUAUCUAAACUGAUUUAUAAAUAAAAUUUUAACUGAAGUUCAAACUAAAGGUAUCUAUUUUGUACAGUAUCGUACGUACAUAACACAGUAGUUUCUCAUCAGUAAGGUAAUUAUUUAACUUUUAGUUUGUGGAGUUGAAGAAAGGAUUGGAGGUAACGGAAGCCGAAAGAGAUCUACUUCAACGUGAAUUGGUCGUAAGACAAGCUGAAUUUGACUAUCAGAGCUUAAAAAUAGAGGUGUGUCAGUACAAUAUUGUAUUGUUUUACGCAGUAAAGUCUAUUAUGAAAAUAUAUCUAAACUACUUUCUCACUACAUAAAAGGUUUCUUACAAUAACAUAGUAAUUAGUUUGUUUUAGGCUUUACAACUCAAAAACGAGCUGAACCAAUGUUUGUUGGAGUCUUCGUAUCGACGGUGA